AUGGAAGAGAAUCCUAUUUUUCAAUUGAUUGGAUCUAUGAAUUCAGAAACUUCAUCAUCAAACAAUCAUGUUCAACAUACUCUAAUUACAAUGUGUAAUCAAGUCGUUAAAACACUCCGUACUUUAUUUCUUCGUAAAGCAAUUACAACUGAACAAUAUGAAAAAAUGAUGUACUACAAUCAAACCACAAUCUGUAAUGUAAAUCAUCUGUAUUUUAUACCAGAAAUACGUCAUGUAAGUAAUUUUUUUUUUAUUGAUUUCUUUCGUGUUUUCUUUUCCUUUUUUUUCAAUUACCUGAUACUUUUAGAAACAAAUCUCAAUCCAACCAAGGAUCACUUGUUACAAAGAAGAACCUAUCCAUGCAAUUGCAUCUUUCGU